UUGUCUACCAGGGGAAUUAGCAGAUCAGCUCACAGAGCAACAAAUGUGGCCCACACCCAUUCAAGGGAGAGAGAGAAAAAAAACACAUUGCGCAUGGGUCUCCAACUUAACACUCCUGUCAACUUAACAGCAUAACAGUUGCACAAAUUCAUCACGGAAAGGGAGUUGAAGGAAAACGUAUUGCUUGACUUGGACUUGUAUUGACUGUUCAUCAUGGAGGCACCAACAACAGCAGGUACAAUAAGCCCCUCGUCAUCGGGAGAGGCCUUCAGCCACAUGGUCAGUCACAUUUUCGGAGAACUCUUCACACAGGCCCCCGUAGCUGAAGUUCUGACAACAACUUCUGCACAUAUGACUGAAACAAUCUCAGACGCUUCUGUGGGAGUUCUGACAACAACUUCUGUACAUAUGACUGAAACAACCUCAGAUGCUUUUUUAGAAGUUCUGACAACAACUUCUGCACAUAUGACUGAAACAACCUCAGAUGCUUUUAUAGUGGGAGCCGCCGCCGUAAAAGGUGUAUCCUUUGAAGUCCUUUUCGCAGGAGGAGUCAUUGUGGUGGUACUGGUGGUGGUACUGGUGCUGGUACUGUGCCACAAGGGCAAGCAUAAGGGCACUUACCACACCAACGAGGCCGAGUGUGGUGAUUCUGUCGACACGUAUGGCGUUGCCUCUUAAAGCGAACUAGAGAUUUUGAUUGAGGAAGAAUAGAAAGAAGUACACUUCAUUUGAAACAGGACUUUUUCCGAUUCUAAACCGGGGCCAGUUGCCAAAUAUUUUCUACGGAAUUGGUAAUGCCUAUGAUGGUCAUCUAAUUUCAAGGCAACAUUUAUAUGGGGCAUACGACCAUCUCAGCUCUGCAGAUUUUGCCACGAAGAGACAGAAUCGUUAGAUCACUUAUUUUUGUAUUGCCCAUAUAUACACUAUAUAUACAAAAUUAUGUGGACACCCAUUAGUGGAUUUGGCUAUUUCAGCCACAUUACAGCCUUAUUUCCCUCAUCAAUCAAUAUACAGAAGCACUUUAAUAAACAAUUAAUAUUCAUUACAUGUGACUAACUUCAAGCUUACAAUUAGUACAGUAGUUAAACCAAUAUUAGAUUGUUGAGGUUUUCGAAAAGAUGUAAAAACUCGAGAAAUUUUACAAUCCUUUUUGUUUUCCUUUAAAAAAAAAAUGUAUACUCAAAAGAUAGUACCUUGUUUGAAUUUCUAUUAUGAGGGUGUUGAGUGAGCUUAAUGUAUAAUAAUGUAUAGCAUUGCUGAAUGUAAUAUCUGUUUUCAAUUUUUUUCUAAAUUGACGUCCAGUAGUAAUCUGAGCUUGUAAAAUUAAAUCAAGGCACAGGCAUCUUUCCUAACGCCUGAAGGUACCAAUAACUGAGAAAAGGAAAUGCUUCGGCGAGGACCAUAGGAACACAAAAAAUUACUUUCAUGAAACUUGACAGACAUUUCACCCAUGACAAUACUGGGAACAAAACAGUCAAAAAAAAUGUCAAUUCUCCUUCUUCUCAUGCAAGUCUCUGUAACUAAUAUAUUACCAUGUGAUUAAAGAGAAGCAACCUUG